UGCACCACAAUUUCACCCUGGACCAAUUGACUCAUCAAUUCUUGUAUUUCAACCGAAGCAUCGAUCUAAGUUAAUAUGGAACGAUGAAGAUUUCGAUGCUCGAUUAAGAUUAUCAAGGUAUGAUAGCCAGACAUUUACUGCUGAACCUCGUGAGACGAGAAUGUUUGAAUAUUUGAGGACCGCGGGGUUUUACGGUGUUUCACAUUUGGGCCGUAUUAAUCUUGAUCAUGGUUUGAUCGCGGCACUUAUAGAGAGGUGGCGGCCAGAGGUUCAUGCUUUUCAUUUUCCAUUCAGUGAGGUCGGCAUAACACUUCAAGACGUUGAAGUGCUAUUUGGUUUGAGGGUAGAUGGACGUGCAGUCACUGGUAAAGAUAAGCGCGAUGUUGAUGAUUGGAUUCCUCGAUGCCAUAGAUUAUUGGGAUACCGCCCUCGAAAUUCUUUUGUGACCCCAAGCAAGAUUAACUCUACCGCAUUACCAUCAGUGCUUACUGUGAAUGCAAAUAGCACUAAUUUGGAAGUGCAACAGGCUACUCGAAUCUUGAUUCUUCAUUUGUUUGGAGGAUUUUGAGGAGUGUGGUCAAUACAGUUGGGGAUCCGCUGUGUUAGCCUAUCUUUAUAGGUCAAUGUGUCGCGCAGCAGAUUAUGAGGUCUCUACAGCGGGCGGGUGUCUUAUCUUAUUACAAAUAUGGGCAUGGGAAAGAUUGCCUAUGGUGAGGCCGCGUGAAGUAUUACCUUUGGACCAGCUAGGUGAUUUGCCAUAUGCAGCGAGGUGGUCGUGCCCGCAUAGAUGGCCUACCGUGACAAAACAUGUUAUCCGUGCUUAUAGAGACCAAUUCGAUCGGGUUAAAGCUAAAAACUUUAAGUUCACUCCGUAUGACAUUGAGAGUUUGCCUGAUUAUUGUCGAGCUGGAACACUUAUUUGGAGAGCACGAGUGUCAUUAGUGUUUUUCUAUGUGAUUGAGUACCAGUACCCGGAGCGCUUUUGUAGACAAUUCAAUUAUUUGCAAGACAUUCCGCCAUUUGUGGAGUAUAGCCUAAAGAUGCAUGCUAUUGACGGUCGAUCGGGCAAAAACGUUGAUUGGGGUGAAAAGCAUGCAAUACACAUUGAAAGGUGGGAAGAUCGACACAAUCUUGACAAUCUUGUAGUUGCAAUGGCACCAAACCAGCAAUCUGGGAUCACAACACGUUACCAAGUGUGGUUUUAUCGGUAUGGUAGACGAGUUAUUGGUAAUCCUGCUCACGAGUCCCAUGAAGGUUAUGUCGAAUCUGCUUCAAGUGUACAUGAAAUGGUGAAUACAUUGCGUGAUAUAUUUUUGACCUCUCGGGAUGCACUGCAAGGUGGGCGCAUGUGCCCAGCUAGGGCCUUGAAGCAUAUUUUUGAUGCUGCACAGGCUCAAUUAACCAGAUCGGACUAUGAGUAUGUAUUGGAUAUGCCUAAUGAGGCCUAUCAUGGUCGUGCUGGUGCUGGUGAUAUUGUUCAGGCUCGUCGUAGGGAUGGACGACGAGAACGUGAACACUUGAGGGGUGGACCCGCCAGGGGCGGGCGCCGAAUGAGAGAAAUUAAUGCAGCAAUACAAGCCGGGGCUAAUAAUGCUGAGGCAGAGCCCGGGAGAGCUGGAGAUUCCGGUGAUGGGCAUAUUCAGUACCACAAUUGGAUUUAAAAAAUGUUGGAUUUGAGCUUU